UAUACGCCGCGCCGGCCCCGUCCAAGCUCCAAAGUCCAAACGCAACGGAAUAAACCAAACCCCCCAAUUAGUUCUCCGAAAGGGACACCAUCAACGUCAGCGCCCGGAGAUGGCGGCGAAGAGGAAACGGGGAAAAGGAAGGCCGUCCCUGUCGUCCCCGAUCUCUCCCUCUCGGUACUUAAUCCUCACCUGUGUUAGACAAAAGCAAGCAGAUCGAGAGGCAGCAAGAAACCUCGGCCGGACGAUUUUGGUUUGCUUCCAAGGAAAACCUUCGGCCCGCACACCAUCUAAAUUCCCACCCAAAUCCCAGCUUCCCUUGCGAUUGCAAGCGACCACACGCGAGCAGGAGCAGGCAGGCAGGCAGGGCGUCGUCAAGGAAGGAUGCUGGAGCUCCUGCUGGUGGGGUGCAGCAGCGUGGUGGUGCUCCUCCACGGCGCCAGCCUCUUCCUCCGCGCGCUCUUCGCCCCGCGCCACGCCGUCGCCAGGCCCAUCAGCUUCCUCGGGUUCGUGGCCUGACCUGACCGACCGCGCGCGAUGGGCCAGCCGACGGCUGAUCGGGUGAGGGGUCCCGGGCUCCCGGCCGAGGUGCGCAGAUUGUCGUUGUCCCCCGAUCGUCGCCGAUGGAUUAAGGGGGUUGCUGGUGUGAGUUACGAAACAGAGCCCCCUCGAGUCCUCGACCGAUGUAGAUAGCUUUGCUGGUCACGUUCCUGUGGAUUGUGAAAGAUACGAGUACUCACUGCGCGUGUAAAUUGUCCAAGUUACACCACAUCAACGAACUUUGCGCACAAGUUCGGUUCAUGUAUCUUUGCCUUGCUGCAGCUUAUUAAUUCCUCGGCAGAUCUGAGUAUCGUGCAUGCCUCAUUUGCAUCGCCUACAUGUACAUCCAGUGUAGUGUGUUUGCGCUACUGGCAAGUUCAGACUUCCAGUAGAGCACAGCCGGAGAGCCAGGUGAUCUUCGAUCUGCGCAUCUGCUCCGCGGCUCUACGGCUUGGCAGUUGGCACCGACCCCCCGGGCCGGGCGCGGCCGUGCGUGACCUUUUCCAAGGACCGGUGGACGGCCGCUGUUGGGUUGCGAUACCAGCCCCGCGGCGGGAGUUGCGCGCGGGCGCCGUGGAUUGGUUUAUAAUCAGUGAUGAGACAGUGAGCAGAGUUUAUCUCCUUCAAAAAAAAAAUGAGACUGUGAGCAGCAGCAGCUGAACGUGACCGCAACAACUCGACUCGUUCGUUUUCGUUGCACCGGCUGCCGGCUGGGUACGCCGCUCCCUUUAGUUCUAUUGAGUGUGCUCCCGCUACUAUUGAGACGAACCAGCACUCCAGCAGAUGGUUUGUUCUGAAGUUCUAACUAGGGGUGCAAGUGCAAGCAGGGCGGGCCACGCCGCUAACCCGCACCAUAAGCCCACGAAAACACUGUUAAUCGGUCCAUGUCGUUCAAGCGGGUCUUUGCCGAAUUGCUACAAAACGGUAAACCACUGCAUAAGGAUUAAGUCGUUGAUCCUCAAAUUAUAGCAGCUUUGCAAAAAGAAAAGGAGAGAAAAUAUCAUGCCUGUUUCACGCCUAGCCUUAUGGCUUCCGCUGGGUAGGGGCUACGGGAUUCAGGUUGCUAGGGUUGCUCCACUCCUCCGACCUUCGAAUCCAUGGUGGAAGGUUGGCCCGACGGCGGUCAGCAAGUUGCACUUGUAUCCCUAAUCUAACUUCAAUUGCUUUCGCCAUGCGACUUUGAAAAAAGUUCAAAGCGCAACACAAGCAGCACAACUGUGUAAGUUUGUGGCACCACGAGAAGCUCCGCGCAAAGAGAGGGAGAGAGAAAGAAACCGAGAGUCAACUUUCCGCCCUCCCCCUCCCUUGUCGCCACUCGCGCCUACGGCGAUGGGGAGGUGGUCGCCCUGUAGAUUUAUAGUUUUUCUUUAGUUGCUGCUCGGAUGGCCGUCCGAUGGGUUCUGGUGGUUUGCUGUUCUUGACUCGUUAGUCUCAUCACUGUUUUGGUCGCCAACACUAGAGUUGUCAAAGUUCGUUUAACAAUUCCUUCUCUUCCUCUCCAAAUCCUCUCCUGACUUCUCUCUUUCGCUCCUCCAUUUUGGAUCCGUGGCCUUUCUCGCUAGGGAUUUCGACGAUCAUCUCGCUCAAAAUCAUUUUAUCCUUAAAAUGUAACUUGAGAAUCAUAGACACUAAGUGCCUUAAUUCUCUGGAUCGCUUCAUGCGUGCACCUCAUCCACACGCCUCUCAUCUUGCCAGCUCCCUGCACAGUUGCUAACAUGCCACCAUUGAGCAAUUUUCAUGAUACUGCCACCACGAGGUCAGUGAUCAAAGGGUCCGUGAUGGAGAAGUCUCUGUCACCGAAAUCCCAUCCCAAAACCAAGUUACUUCGUAGAGUCAUUGUUGGAAUCCUUGAUUUGUAAAUCAAGAUGUAGAUCCCGCGCCUAAGAAAUCGAGUGCUAGACAAUGCAAAAAGGUGUUCUGUACCAGGUUACCAAAUUGUCUACUCAGGAGCAAAACCUCCCUCAAAAAAGUACACUUUCUAGUUUCCUGGACUCCAAAUUUAACUGGGAUAACAAGCAGACAUCAAAUCUUUUCUCAGCGGAUGCCUUCUCCUCUGCUAUCUUAUUAGAUUCCCAGGAACCUUACGAAUCAGCAUUCAGGGACGAGAUGAGGAGGCAACGGCUUUGAUAAUGUAUGACUCCAAGCAAGGUCUUCGUCAGUGACAUUACACCAAUACUAAAAACCUACAGAUAUACCGGUACUAGUGCGCUGCUACUUCUCUAAUGGUAUUAGCUGAUGACGUUUCCUAGUUGCCACCUACUUUAACUUGUCAUCUUGUUCGGUAGCAAAUACUAUCCAAUAGCUAGAGAAGAAGACCAUCUAACACGUCAACUACUGCCAUUGCAUUCUGUAUCCAUUCAUGCUCUGAUUAAUCGGCAAGUGGUUGCAUUUAUUCUCUGAACUGUCUGUUAAGAGUACCAACUCGCCGCGCCAUUUUAUAUCGUGAUGAACCGCCAGUUGCAGCGAUUUGGCAUGUCUUAGGACGGGGAAACUUUGGUCUAGUCCACACCAUUUUCUGCUUCAGAAUAAUCCCAACGACCGUGUCUCUAUGUGUGAGCUGCACCUACUAGUAACUCUGACUUGCUUGGUCCCAAUCAUUGUAGACCGGUCUCUCAUCACACAUUUCUGCACCAAAGAUUUUAUAUUUUUUUCCCUUGAGGAAAUGAUAACCGGGGGGUGUCAAGGACCCUGUAUAAAAGCUUCCUAGAGGAGAUGAGGCUUCUUAGCAGAGCUUAAUUUUAGACACGCCUGCCAAUUGGUUACCAAGUAGUGUGCCCAGAGGAUCAAUCUCGCGGUGGUCUGACGAUGAAGAUAGUGCUCAAAGUGGCGAUCACCUGCAAGAAGUGCAAAACCUGCGUCCUGGGAAUCUCCUCGAAAAUUAAAGGGAUCAAGUCGCUGACGUACGACGACGAGAAGAGCACGCUGACGGUGGUGGGCGAGGUGGACGUGGUGGAGAUCGUGGCGGCGCUGCGCAAGGCAAAGCACCCGGCGGAGGUGGUGUCGGUGACCGACGAGAAGAAGGAGGCCGAGGAGAAGAAGAAGAAGGAGGAGGAAGAGAAGAAGAAGAAGGAGGCAGAAGCAGCCAAGAAGAAGUGCUGCUGCCCCAUGCCGUGCCCGAUGUGCCCCAAGCCGUGCCCCACGCCGCCGUGCCCCCCGCCGCCGUGCCCCCCGCCGUACAUGAAGCAGUGCCAGCCAUGCUACAUCCCCAUCGAGGACGAGUACCCCGGCCCCUGCACCAUCGUCUGAGAGAGCGACGCCAUGGUCGUCAAUACCAGUUUGUUGCUGAUAAAAAAAAGCCACAUCCUCUUCCAGCAGGCGCCUGAAUUUCCUCUGUAGCUCUCGCGUCGAUCGGUUUGAAAGAUUUGGUUUCCGUGCACAUUCUCUUUCUGAAGUCUGAAUCUUUUCAUUCUUGAGUGGUCUUCCAUCAUUAGCACUUUAGCAGCCCAGACCGAUCGGUGCCUGAAGGAUAUCAUGUAGUGGCAAUGGCAACUGUCAACACUCAACAUUCCAGUAAUAGCUAUCUAUAGCUUUGUAACAUGCAUCCUUUGCUCAAAAAAAAAAGCAUCCAAUCGAAUGCCAAGAUUAAGAUGCCAAUGCAAGAAAUUCCGAACAUCCCAAAGUUCGUUAUUAAGAA